AUGCCAGUAGCUCCAACUCUCAGUGACAUUCUGCGUGCCGAUGCCGGUGACGAUGUUCUUGCAGACACAUUUGGCGAGGACGAGGCCCCGGUCGCGCCUGUUGUAGAGGGGACCCCCGAAGGCUUUUGUGUGGAAUGCAAGGACCAGCAGGCGCAAGUGUACUGCGAGCAGUGUCAGGAGGACUUUUGCGAGGUGUGCGGCGGCAUGAUCCAUCGCACUGGCAGACGGAAGCAGCACGUGCUGAAAAGUAUUGCAGCUGUCCCGCAGGACGGUGCGACCGACGAGGCAGAGCAGAAUGCAAGGUCGGCUGCCACCAUUGCCGAGAACCUGGCAGCCACUGACGCGGAGAUGGAGGGCGACGACGAGAGCUCCUUAAAGCACCAGCACGACUCCGGUGCGCUGUCGGUAUCAUUCAGCGCGCAGAGUGGCAAGGUGGAGACCACCGGCGGUCCAUCAUUUUCCGACUGGAUCACCGAGCGAUCCAAGUUCAUUCCCCUGCGUUUGACCCUCAAGGAGCGCAAGUAUCUGCGACUUCUUGAGGCAGCACUCAAUGUCAGCGAGUACACAGACAAGAUUGACAUUCUUAUGUACGGCAACAAGGCCAAGCGGAUCGUAUCACAGAUCAAGGAGCUUUGUGCCAUCCUCUCCGGCCUCGUCCUGGCCAGCGAUUAUAAAGCCGGGCAGACUCUGUUCGAGGAUCGACAAUUUGAAGACAACGAGGAGUUUUUCCAAAAGAUCUUUGAGAUCGGGCGCCGGCACAAGAUCAUGAACCCAGAGAAGAUGCGCAACGAGUACGGCAAAAUGAUGUUCAUGCUGCAGGACUCGCAGACGAGCGAGGUGACCAACAUGCUUAACUUUUCGCUUGUGGCGCCCAUCAAAACCGUGUACUCGGUGCUCGAGUCCCUGGGAGUCACUUAUUUGCUCGAGGACGAGAUGGUCGCCGUCGCGACCAAGGAGAUCAUCGGGCAGGGCAAGACGCGUUCGCAGCUUCAGCUUGAGAUCAAGCAGAAGGAGCGCGCCAUCGAAUACUUGUGCAAGGCCUAUGCCACCCAGGAUUGCCCCGCGGAGGUCAUCAGGCAGUGUCUGUACAGCAUUGGCGACAACCACGCGUAUCUGCGCUUCAACCGCGACCCGUGCGACCGUAUUAUUGGAUACCUCAAGUCCAUGUUCAACCCGAAGCGGGCCGAGUCAGACAGCCUGUCACUGGCCAUUCUUCACGGGCAAAACGGCGCGCGCCUAUCGCAUUCGCACGAGAACCAGUUCCACUAUGUCAUCCAGACGCUGACUUUGUGGCGCGAGAUCCUCCACGACAUGUUCAUGCUCUGGCACCAGGCUGACAGCGACCUGCUGUCGUCUAAAAAUACGUACCGGUUGAAGGACACCGGCCAGGGGCUCAACCGCGUGCAGAGCUGCCCGCGGGUGUCCAAGAGCGCACACACCAUCUUGCAUCGCACGCAGAAGGCUGUCGGGCGCUGGGUCGGCUCGGCGAUGAUCCAUCUGGGUGACCGCAACGUGCCUAAUGCCCUGGUGUUCAUCGACAAGUACAACCAGGUCGCCAGCAUCCUCAACCCGGUUGUGCGCGUGCUCGAGUUUCUCGAGUCUCUGGAGGCCAAUCGCGCGGGCAAUCCCGAUGUCGCCGUGUUCAUCGAGAGCACAUAUGGCGGAAUCACAGAGGCCAAGAAGCUCAUUCUCGCCGAUUUCUUCCGCUCAGCCUUUGAUGGAUCGGGAGCGGACAACUUCUUUGACGCCGGGUCGUGCAUCGAUGGGCGGCUGACAUCGGCGUGGAACUGGUGCUCGACCAUUGAGAAGAAAAACUACUUUAACGUAUUUUUGCUCUCGGGAUUCGUUGGCUUUAACGGCGGGCCUGAGGGCUUCAACUAG